AUGGAAAAGCUCGAGCGAUUCUUGUCGCGGCCGACAGCGAAGCCAUACAAGACCGGCGACAUAGAAGCCUCCGAAGAAAUACACCUUAACGACGAAGGGUUGCUUGAGUUUGGCCCUGACGAUAUCGAAAAUCCUAAGAACUGGUCCACCGCAAGAAGAUGGUACAUCACCGUGGUGUCGGUCACCCUAGUUGUGAACGCUACAUUCGCAUCUUCUAGCCCAUCUGGCACGCUUGAGUCACUCUCGACAGACUUGCACGUCUCCACCGAAGCUGGGGGACUCGUUAUCACAUUGUUUCUCCUAGGGUACUGCGCUGGCCCCUUGGUAUUCGCCCCGCUUUCGGAAUUCUUCGGUCGCAGAUACAUCUUCUACGUUACCUUUACGCUGUACCUGGCCUUCAAUUUCCUUUGCGCGUUCACCCCUAACUUCGGUGGGCUCUUGGUGGGACGGUUCUUGACGGGUACCUUCGCAAGUGCUCCUCUCUCCAACGCACCAGGUGUACUGGCAGACAUAUGGGGACCACUGGAGCGUGGAAAUGCAAUGGCUGCCUUCUCCAUGAUGACUUUCAUCGGUCCAUCGCUCGGACCCGUUAUAUCAGGCUUUCUCCAACUGAAGAAAGACUGGCGAUGGUGCUUCUACGUUCUUCUCUGGCUGGGUGCCUUUACCGAGAUACUCAUGUUCACGAUUCCGGAAACAUUGCCCUCAAUCGUGCUCCGCAACAAAGCCAAGCGCAUACGCGCCCUGAAGAUCCCUGGCUAUGAACAGGUCAAGGCACCAGUUGAAGUGACGGAUAGGACACUCGCAAGCAUGUUCCAUGUUGCUCUCACUCGACCAUGGAAGAUCCUCAUCGACCCCAUCUCCUUCGCCGUCGCCAUUUACCUUGCCGUCGUAUACGCCCUGCUGUACAUGCUCUUCACCAUCUACCCCAUCGUCUUCCAACAACACCGCGGCUGGAACUCCGGCGUCGGCGAACUCCCACUCAUCGGCUCUGCCCUCGGUGCCGCCAUCGGCGGCGCCAUCAUUUUCGCGAACACAGCCAGGGACAGAAAAAGAGCGGAAGCCGGCUACAAAGCCACACCCGAAGACCGUCUUCCUGUAGCCAUGCUCGGCGGCGUCAUGUUCCCCAUCACCAUGUUCUGGUUCGCGUGGUCGGCAGAGUACAACAGCGUUCACUGGGUCGUUCCUACUCUCGGCGGUGUCUUCCUCUCGACUUCUAUCUUACUCAUCUUCGUCGCUUAUCUCAACUACCUCACCGACACGUAUCUCAUGUAUGCUGCGAGCGCGUUGGCAGCGAAUACCGUUGUGCGCUCCGCCGCAGGAGCUGCUGCGCCGUUGUUCACACAGUACAUGUUCGACGCUCUUGGUGUUGGGGGCGGUGGCUCGCUUAUUGCUGGCAUGGCUUGCGUGCUUGCGCCUAUUCCUUUUGUGUUUUAUAAGUAUGGUGGCCCGAUUCGGGAACGCUCGAAGUUUGCGCCUACGCCGGAGAAGGCGAAUGAGGGGAAUGGGGCGAAGUAG